AUGGCGCGGUUUCCAGUAGCCCGGCUGCUCCUGGCAUUGCUAGCAACGGCUUUCACCAACGCGCAACUUACCGAUCAGUCGCAGUACAGCAUCCCUUGCGUGAUGCAAUACGUCGGCUGUGUCCUCAUUCCAAACUUCAACACGGUCUUCAGCCGUCUACUGGGCGACGCUACUCUGACUCCUGGCAAGUGCCAGCGAUUCUGCAGCGAUCUUGGUUCGACGUACGGAAGCCUAUACGACGGUUACUACUGCAGAUGUUCAAUUGUGCCCGAGACGGUAGCGCCUGUCAUCGUUACAGUAGCCGAAACUCUAUGCAACAGAUACCACUGCCACGACAUUGUCUUCAUCCUCGACGAUGACCUCUCAGACAACCACGGACACGCCUUUGACAUAGUCGUCACCGACGUCAACCUCCUCCGUCUCCUCGUCAUCUUCGUCCUCCUCGACGGACUCAACAACGUCGACCUCAACAACCUCAACGACCUCGACAACCUCAACGACAAGAAGCAUCCCAACGUUCCCAGUCAACACCCUAGUUCCCGCCCCCCUCGCACCAGCACGGUACAUAGGCGCACCGGUGUACACCGUGUACCAGCUGGACGAGAGCCUCCUCAACUCCACGAGUUCGAGUUCAUCUUCCACCAUCUCCUCUACUUCGACUACGUCUUCUCUUUCGUUGAGUUCGGAUACUCCGGCUUCUGGGACCACCAGCCCAGUAAUCUCAAGCACUUCUCCAUCAUCGUCGGCGUCAUCUUCAACAUCGUCCCAGGGAUCAUCAAGCAGCGUCAGUUCGCUGUACUACUCAAAUACAACCUCUCUAGCGACAACUUCAAGCCAGUCAGCGACCUUGAGCACUUCAGCCUCGACUACACCAGCGUCAAGCGUUCCCAGCAGCGGAUCCCCCCUCACAACUCUACCGCUUUCUUCAACAUCUCCUACUUCAGUCUCUGCUUCAACCCCUUCCGAGACGUCGAGCGGCAGCGCUCCAUUGUCAACUACGUCUCCUGCCUCGACAACGAGUAG